AUGGUUGUCCUCCCACAGUACGUGAUGAUUGUUCUCAAGGGUUCGGUGCCUAUGGCAUUUGGAGGUACCCAGGAGCCCGCAGCUUACGGUAAGUUGGUUUCCAUUGGAGGCCUGGACCCUGAUGUGAAUAAGAAGCUGAGUGCUGGCAUUGCUUCUAUCCUGGAGUCAAAGCUGUACGUACCCGAGUCGCGCUUCUACCUCAAGUUUUCUGACUCAAAGCGCUCGGACUUCGGUUGGAACGGCUCCACCUUCUAG